CUCGCUACUUAUGACUGUUUCGUUAACAAUGAAGUGUAAAUGAAUUAUAAAUUCAUUGAUUAACAGCUUUAAAUUCUUCGGGUCUCUCCGGAAGAGUUAAAGCGUCAAGAGGGAAAUUCAAGAUGUCUGCUGAUACAGCUACUGGGUCACCAGUCGCGAGUCUUCGUGUAAUUGGACGUGGACGUGGUUUUAGAAAUACGUCGGAAAGUAUUCAAACGCCACUUAGGCGGCCAAAUGUCGGACCUGUCGUUGAGCAAUCGAGGUUAAGUCUGGCUGACAUCACUCUGAAGAUGCAGUAUUUAACUCUGGAAACUGUUGAUGAAGAUGGUAAACAAAUUAAAGGACUGGUGGAAAGAUUCUCAACUUCCAGUACCAAGCUACAAGCUGUGGUACAAAGUCUUUACGAGUUGGCAUUAGAGAAUUACCAUUACGCCGCUGUAGCUGCUAGAUUAUGUCAUCGCAUGGCAAAUGUUGAAGUUGGGGAGACCAAGUUUCGGAACCUCGUCUUGAAGCUUCUGCAGGCGGACUAUGAAGGGCGGGAUAUACUGAGGGGAGAAGGGAAUGAUAGUUAUGAUGCGUGUAGUUUAUUUGCAUUUGUUACUUUUCUUGUGGAGUUGUAUGCAUUGCUGAGAACACAGAAUGGUGAACCACUGAGAGCGCUGUUAACCCCGGUGUUUGUCUGCCUGAAGGAGUUACUUACCGGGUUGGACAACACAGAGGAAGAGAUGGAACAUUGUGCUAGAGAGCUGAAAAGAAGAGGAAAGUUCUUACAUGAGCAAGAUUCAUCCCGUAUGGAGGAGCUGUUACGGUCAUUACGCGACAAGAUAGUAGAUUCCGAAACAUCCGGCUAUGCAAGGUGUUUACUGCUGGAAGUACUAGAAAUGAAUGCUAGAGGCUGGGCUCUCACUGAUGAAACAAAGGAAUAUUAUAAACAUGCUAUUGAUAGAGUUUAACGGUCAACAAACCAUGUGGAGAGAUACUUUCUGAACAGACUUGAGUUACAUGGAUCCAAGGGGGUUGUCCAGUGGAGAGGAAAUGGCUAUCCUCUGACCAGACUGGGAUAAUCAGAGGUUAAAACGUAACUUAAGUUACACUGACCAAUGUUUGUGGUCCAGUGGAGAGGAAAUGGCUAUCCUCUGACCAGACUGGGAUAAUAAGAGGUUAAAACGUAACUUAAGUUACACUGACCAAUGUUUGUGGUCCAGUGAAGAGGAAAUGGCUAUCCUCUGACCAGACUGGGAUAAUCAGAGGUUAAAACGUAACUUAAGUUACACUGACCAAUGUUUGUGGUCCAGUGGAGAGGCAGCUAUAACAAGUUACAAGGUCUCCUCCGUGUUUGAUUGCUAUAGGAGGAGUUUCAUUUCACUCAGGCAAAACGUUUAUCUAUAUUUUUAUUUACAUUUUACAUUA